UCAGGCACCAUAUCGCCCCCUUCCAUUUUCUCCGUGUUCCCAUGGUUUGAAACGGUACAGACUACAAAGAAAUAAAACCAGAGACCAAAACACCAAGAAAUUUCUUAGAUCAUCUAUCUCUUCUCUUUGAUCCCCUUAAAAUCCCAGAUUUUCAACGUCUUCUAACCCCAAAACCUACUCUUGCAAAUAACACAACCCAAAGCACGAAAUUCCAUCACCUUCAUCACGACUAUAUUCUAAAAGAAUUAGUAUUGUUACCAUUUUUUCUUGUUUUCUAUUGAAUUGCAGGACACAAAACAAGGGGUUUCGGAGUUUUGGUGCUCUGGAUCUUUUUUCUUUUACUUUGUCGAAAAGGUGGUAGAUGGUGGAAUCAGAGGUAAAGAAGAUCAAGAAGGGGGAUAAAAUGAAGUGGAGAUGGGUGAUCGGAGCUUUCACUACGAUUCUCCUUGCUAUCGCUUUGGCUUCAAGAAGUACACCAAAGAUCCCUUUUAAAUCUGGACAGUUUAGCAAGUCUUGUCAUUGUCCUCAGGACAAACACAGGUAUAGUGGGAUUGUAGAGGAUUGUUGUUGUGAUUAUGAGACUGUUGACCAUCUUAAUGAGGAAGUCUUACAUCCAUUACUUCAGGAUCUUGUUAAAACUCCAUUUUUUCGGUAUUUCAAGGUUAAAUUGUGGUGUAACUGUCCAUUUUGGCCUGAUGAUGGUAUGUGCCGUUUGCGGGAUUGUAGUGUUUGUGAAUGUCCAGAAAAUGAAUUCCCUGAAUUAUUUAAGAAGCCCUACCAUCAUGGCCUUCCAUCAGAUGACCUUAAGUGCCAAGAAGGAAAGCCGCAGGCUGCUGUUGACCGCACACUAGAUAGUAAGGCUUUUAGGGGGUGGACAGAAACAGAUAACCCCUGGACAUAUGAUGAUGAGACUGAUAAUUCUGAGAUGACAUAUGUGAACCUUCAACUGAACCCAGAGCGCUACACUGGCUACACUGGUCCAUCAGCCAGAAGAAUAUGGGAUGCUGUCUACUCGGAGAACUGUCCCAAAUAUCCAGCUGAAGAAUUGUGCCAAGAGGAAAAAAUACUUUACAAAUUGAUUUCUGGCCUUCACUCAUCUAUUUCGAUCCAUAUAGCUUCUGAUUAUCUACUUGAUGAAGCCACAAACUUGUGGGGACAUAAUCUUGACUUAAUGUAUAAUCGGGUUUUAAGAUAUCCAAAUCGUGUGCAGAACUUAUACUUCACAUUCCUCUUUGUGCUCCGAGCUGUGACAAAGGCAGCUGAUUACUUGGAACAAGCUGAAUACGAUACCGGUAAUCCAACCGAGGACCUAAAAACACAUUCCCUAAUGAGACAGCUACUUUAUAAUCCAAAAUUGCAAGCUGCAUGCCCACUUCCAUUUGAUGAAGCUAAAUUAUGGAAAGGACAAAGAGGACCUGAACUGAAGCAGAAAAUACAAGCUCAGUUCAAAAAUAUCAGUGCGUUGAUGGACUGUGUAGGGUGUGAGAAAUGUCGACUUUGGGGAAAGCUUCAGGUUCUUGGUCUUGGAACUGCAUUGAAGAUACUUUUCUCUGUUAAUGGUGAAGAUCACUCGCAUCAGACAUUGGAGUUGCAACGGAACGAAGUGAUUGCCCUGAUUAAUCUACUCAAUCGACUAUCCGAGUCUAUAAAAUUUGUCCAUGAAAUGGGAGCAGCAGCUGAAAAACUCAAUGAAGGAACAGUAACUUCUACUAGGUUGAACAGCCUGGUGCAACAGGCAUGGGCGUCGAUCGUUAAGACAUAGGUGAUGAUCCAACUCCAAAUAACUGCAUCGUUCUUCCAAAAGCUAGAUUAGGGUUUUGGAGAAAUAUAAGCAUGGCAAGUGUAGAACCAGCAGUUUUGCUAUAGUUGCAGAUUUUGAAAUCUCAUGUAAAACAAGAACUAUAAAAAGGUAACAGAGAAAUUAAAAUUAUCCCGAGUCAGAAACUGUAUAACAGAUUAUAUGGUAUAUGAACAAUAGUUUACAUUUGAAAUGAACCUUUUCUUCUAGAACCAAA